GGAUUCUCCUGGCUAUUUGGCUGCGUAUGAAGACGCGCAAUUCUUCGACUCUCUAUUGUCCAAGACCGGUGAGGUCCAGAGCCAAGAACUUGCGGAGCGCGUCAAAACCUUGCCAUGUGAGGCCAUCAUUUGCUCACCCCUGCGGCGCACUUUGCAGACAGCUGCGCUCGCAUUAGCAACCCACUUGGAGAGGGGUGUUCCUUGCUACGCUGUGGAAGCGGCCUGGGAGUUUAGCCAAGGACAUGCCCGGCCCUGCGACUAUCGCCACUCGGUUGAGUUGCAACGCGCCAGCUUCGAGCGCGUGGAUUUCAGUCGCGUGCCGCCCGGGGAGGACACCUUCGCGGCGCGGAAGGAGUCAGUCGAAGACCUGGACCUUCGAUGCCUUGAGCUGCUGAAGUUGCUGAGGGACUUGCCUCAGCGGCAGCUGGCGGUGGUAUCGCAUACAGGUUUCCUGACACACCUCUUCAAGAGCCACCUCCAUUGGCCAGAAGAAUGUGCCUUCAGCAAUGCUGAGCUGCGUUCGGUGCUGCUGCAAUUUGAGGAUGGCUGGGGUGGAAAUUGGUUGAAGCGGACUGUGGUGCUGGUGCUCCUUGAGAAAAAGGGCGAUGGGGCCAUGAGUCAUGCCCAGAGCAUGCAGAGUGCGGUGGAUGAUGCCUUGACGGUGCCGCUGCCCAGUUGGGCGCGGACCUUGCGAGAGCUCAACGUGCGCGAUGGACGUUCCAAGAAGGCCCAGGUGGUGCGACUGCUCACCAUUGGUGAGGAUGUCCACAUCGUGCACCUCAGUGGAAUGCGCUCAGAUCGAUUCGCCUUGCGAUGGAUGGAUCUCGACCAUGACAUCGGCAAAGGAAACCGCGCAGCGGAGGUGUGCCUGGAACUCCCCGAUGGUCCCUGGCUGCUGCCCGACCUCCCGGAUGCUCCCGGUGCCGCGGCCGGCACCAUGUCGCAGGAGAACGAGGAUGCCGUGAGCCUGUACGAUCCGCCAUUGGAUGCUGGGAUGGCAUGUGCAUUUGUGGAUUUGACGGCAGAAAAUUGGAAACAGAUCCGCCCGGGCUGGGCCAUGACGCUGGUCCAGGUGAACGUGCGCGAGGGCCGCAGCAAGCGCAGCGAAUUGCUGGGUGCCGCGGUCCGAAGCGGAAGUUUGCCGGUGAAGACCCGCAUUUACAUUUUGGAGGUGGUGGAAACCCGGGCCCGCAUCAACGAUCCCUACGAGGGCUGGGUGUCCGUGCUGACGCCCGAGCGCCUCUUCGCAGUGGAACCCUUGGAGGUGCUGGUGCCGGUGGAAGAAGAGCCGCCUGGAGUUGAGGAUGUGCCCCCGCCACCGCCACCGCCACCACCGGUGGAAGAGCCAGCUGAACGUUCCUCCGAGGAGCUUCCACCGCCCAACGAGGAGCUUCCGAAGCAGAAAGAGCUUCGCAUUGCGGAGGCGGAGCCGACUUCACCCUCCAGUUCGAAGGACAGCGAUAGCAGUGGAAGUACCAGCAGCGACAGCAGUGAGGCACAACCCGCUCCCAAAGUUCAAGCCAAGCCUACUGGGUCUGCUCCACGAGCUGCAUCAACAUCCUCAGAGGACAGUGCCUCAGACAGCUCAACAUCAGAGAGCUCACAGGCGACUUCCUCUUCCAGCCCAGUCAAACCUGCGGCUGUCAAACCUGCGGCUGCAGAAGAUUCUGCCCCCGUGGGACCCGUGGCAAGUGGUGAGAACUCGUCAGAGGAGCCAGGCUGGUGGUGGACUCAUUUGAAGGCCAUCGUUUCCAAAGGUGAGUCACGUCUCACGGAGGUGGUGGGGCAGAUCCCACCAGGCACCACGGUCUUCGUCCUGGAGCUGCGCAACGAACGCGCCUUCAUCCGAGAGCCCUUCGAGGGGUGGACCUCCCUGCGAUCGCCCAGUGGCCAAAUCGUCCUGUCCAUGGAGGCACCGGCCCACGUGGAAGGCGACGCCGAUGCCCACACCGCGGAAGCAGAAGCGAAAGCAGCCGAGGCGGAAACCAAGAGUGUGGAGGUGUCCACACCGGUGCCUGGUCGAUUGCAUCGCGCUCCAAGGAAGAGCGGAGUGGAGCCGGUCCAGGCGGUUCAGGCGGUUCAGGCGGUGGAUGAACCACAGGUGGAGCGGGUGGAGGUUUCCCAGGCGGAAAAAGCGAUGGCGAAACCGGAGAUGGAGCCACUGGAAAUCCAGGAUGUGGAGGCUGUGAAGGAGGAGAAAUUGGAAGAGUUGGACGACGCCAAGUCAGAGCAGAAGACGGUGAAGACCGGCCCAGUAGACCACGAUGAGACCAAGACGCUGAAGAUGCCAAAAGAUGGCAAAGAUAGCACCAUCCCAGCAGUGCGGGUGUGGGAGCCGGAUACCUUCGACCAAGAUGUCGACGAAUUGAAGAAGCGGUUCCAGAAGGCUUCGCAACAGGCUGACGCUUCCAAGUCCAGAGAAACUCCUCAGCUCGCUGAUCCAGUGGUUGACACAUCAACUGCCAGAUCCGGUGGCAGAUUGGAUGCAACUCAGGUAGUGGACCUACCUGGCUCCGCAGUGGAGCCUGGAACGGAAGAUCCACCGGAUCCACUUGCCACCGCGGUUGCCACCGCGGUUGCCACGGCCACAUCGGAGUUGAGGGCGACGCCGGUGGAGGCCGUGGAGGCUGAAGUGGGAGGCAGUGAGGCUAAGGAUAGCCCACCAGGAGCAGGAGUCGCAGCGGUCGCCGAGACAACGCUGCCGCCAGUGGAGAGGAUGGAAACAGUGAGGUUGGAGGAGGAAACGCCAGUGGUGCAGAAAGACAAGGUUUUCAUUUUACCGUUGGUUCUGAAAUUGGUGGUGCGACCUCUGGAUGCACAUGGGCUCUCCCUGGCUUGCUGCGGCCUAGCCGAUCUCUCCCUGAAGCUGCAGCAGGGAUUGAUGGAGGUGGCUCAACAGAAGAGUGCCGAGUACAACUGCAGCGUCAGCAUCGCAGUGCGAACACCCCAGGGCCGCGCCAGCGUGGCGGCGGGUGUGGUGAACUUCGAGCAGAAGCAGCCGGCCAAGGUGGAGGAUGUCUACCCUUGGGGAAGUGUCACCAAGAUGUUCACUGCGGCCACGAUAAUGAAGAUGGUAGCGGCGGGGCGUUUCCGACUAGACGAUGCUAUCGCGCCUUUGGUGGAUGACUUGCUGGGCAAAAUGGCUGCCAAGGACCCCUCCCAGAAGUUCAGAAGCAUGGAAGAGCUCUGGGGACCCGACUUGGCGAAGACGACCUUGCGACAACUUUUGGGCAUGCAGUCCAACAUCCCGGACUUUGACACGGCCACGCCCUCUAGGGGCCAAGGUAUGUCCAAGGACCCGCUGAGGGCUGAGUUGUACAGCGAGCCGACGCAUUUCUACAAACCCACCGAGCUGAUGAGCGUGCCGUGGGUGGCGAACCACUCCAAGGACUGCAAGUCCCAGCUGAUGUUUGGAAAGUUCUGCUACAGCAGCACCAAUUUCAUGUUGCUGGGCAUGGCCCUAGCGCAAGCCACCGGAGUGGAGAACUGGUCGGAUUUCAAUCAGACAGCGCUGCUGCCGGAGUAUCUGCAGGGGAAGAUCCGCUUCGCCAACUCCGGGUCUCCCAAGGAGGCUGGAACUGUGCCGGGUUAUGACCGCACCUCCUACAACCGGGCUCCUGGCAACUUGAGCAACCAUAACAACUGGGAGGUGGACGGCGUCUUCGCCGGCUGGACGGCCAGCAACGUGGUGGCCAGCUCCGAGCAUAUCGCGGAUCUCAGCUGGGAGAUCUGGCAGGCGCACUCCGUGGCGCCCAAGGAAUGGGUGGACCAGAUGAUCCCUGGGACCAUGCGCAUCUAUGGCCUUGGCGCCUUCAACGUUGGCCUCUUUGCUGGCGGACAGCGUGGUCCGCUAGGCAAAGGCUAUGGCCACUUGGGCGCCACCUAUGGUUAUCAGAGCAUCGUGGGAUUCUUCCCCGAGCUGAACGUCUCCGUAGCCAUCGCCACCAACAUCGAAACUGACAAGCAGGUGCAAACCCCUGAUAGCCUCUGCUUCAGCUACCAUGUGGCGGCAGGUCUACUGACCAACAAGACCUACCAAUGCACUUUCGCGACGCAGGGCUAUUACGGUGGCCGUUGCUCCUGUGUUGAGAAGCAACCGACCGGUUUCACCAACGUCAACCUGGUGGACCUGCAGCCAGAGUGGCAGGUGGAACAGGACUCCUUGCUGCGACGCCUGGAAGAGCAGCUGAAGCGUGUGGAGGAGUGGCUCAGCUUUGACUUCCCGCAACAUCCAGCCAAAUUCUAUGUUUCAAAGUUGCAGCUGGAUUGGGAUCAAAAGCAGUACACCACACUUCGGCUGGUGGAUACUGGAGGCAUCGACUAUUGGCAGGGCGGAGUGCACUAUUGGCAUAGCAAGGUGAUCUUUUUGGGCGCUCCGCCGGUCGAGGUGAACUUCUCCUCGACCGGCCGCGCCCAGCGUGGCCAGGGGGAAGUCUUCGACUACGCGCAGGUGGAGGUUAAAGAAGCCCGGCAGCUUCAUGAGGAGAAUGGAGGGGAUGAGAGCUGGUACUCCUUUCAGCAUACCUUUUCCUUGGCCGGUGCCAUGUCAUACCACGACAUCGUGGCGGCAGUGGCUGCGAUGGCAUGGGAAUAUCCCUACUUCACCUGGGAUGAAGCGGGCACUUUUGAGACGUGUGGCCAAAGCAUGGGCAUCAAGGAAAGCCACUGCAGGAUCUUUGCGGAGCGACUGCUGCGACAGCUGGUGGCCAUCGACGAGUUGGCCAAGAUCCCGGGGGACAUGGACGUGGCCUCCCGUCUGCCCAACGUCCUACGGGUACGGCAGGACGACGUGAAGUUGUGCGCUGGUCCACUGGGCUGCUGGGAGAUGAUCAGCAGGUGGCUGAAGAGUUGA